UCUCCUACGAUCUUCUCUCAUACAUCUCGAAGACAAAAAUUACGACAAAACCGUAUACAAUAUUGAUUUUAUCGUGUUUAGUCAAAAAGUUAAAAAUCUACUGCAAUGUUUUUACAAGAUGUGCAACAAUAUUACUUGCAUACGUCUAUGCUGUCCUUUCGGUAAUCGCUUGAUUAAAAAAAAAUGUCUUGCCGGACAGGGUAACUUUAUUUUCCUACAAAACAUUAAAGGAUACAUUAGUGAUUCGUUUCGAAAUGAAAAUAAAAGCGCAGACAAACUAUUUCUUCUGAUCGUUCAUGAUCCGUGUCAGAAGACUGGACACUAUUUUUUGUAUCCCCAUGAUAACAUGUUUUCCGAUGAUGGCUCUUAUUAUCUACAUGAGUACAACAUAACUAUCGAAUCAACAUCUUAUUGUCUCGCGGUCAUAGAUACUGGCACAGAUAUUCCUCAAUACGAAUUUACUGUGAAUGUUUGCCUUGACAUUGCGAACAAGUUCAUAAAGGAUGUCGAUACCCCAAUAAACCAAGAUAAAAAUGCAGUUGUUCGUACAAGUACAAUUAUAUAUAUGUGCGGUUUUCUAGGAUCUUUAUUAUUUUCGUUGGUGAUAUUUAUAGUAUAUUCCAUAAUACCAGAGCUUCAUAAUAUACACGGCUUCAUAUUGCGUGGAUACAGCGGCUCGAUAGCCGUCGUGAACACAAUCGAAUUGAUAAAGAUAUUCAUCAGAAGGGAUGCUAUAGAGGACUUCAUCUGUAUUACAUAUGCUUUUGUUAAAUACUAUUUCUUUAUGGCCAGUUGGUUCUGGUUAAAUGUAAUGAGUAUCAAUAUGUGGUGUACGUUUAGACAAUUGCGCUCGUUACAAAGUGAUGUGAAACAACAAGAAAGAAAGAAAUUAAUCAUGUAUUCUGCCUACGGAUGGGGAGGUCCCUUUAUAAUCUCUAUCAUUUGUGGCAUCAUGGAUUUUGUUCCUAAUGUACCGGAAAACUUUCGACCGAAAUUUGACAAAGAAUGUUGGUUUGAUAAUUAUAUGACACGUAUGUUGUACGUUCACGGAAUUGUAACUAUUUGUAUUAUCAGUAUUAUUUGGUUAUGCAUCUGUACGACACGAAAAAUCGCAGACUACGAAAAUAUUGCUUAUCAUCGGAGAAUCUCGGAGAAUCGCCAUUAUAAAACAGCAAGAAAUGGUACUUAA